UUGUCUUGUCUAUGUAUUGUCAGAGGAGCUGUCAUUUAUAACAAUUUAGAAUACGUCAAAAAAUGGAGGAGGAACGUCUUUUCGAUGAAAGGGUUUCAAUUAGAGAAUCAGCUCGACCCCUAAAAAAGUAUGGUAGCACUUGCAACCACAUGAAAAGGCACGAAGAAUAUAUUAAACAUGUUAUGGCUAAAGGUGAUACGUUGCAAGGGAUAGCUCUAAAAUACGGUGUAACUACGGAGAAGAUAAGGAGAGCGAACCGUUUGUUUGCGUCGGACAGUUUGUUUUUGAGGGAAUAUCUGUUGAUUCCUGUGACCAAAGAUUCUCCUUUCUACGAGAGUGGUGAGCGGGUGACCGAGCCCGCGCCGCCGAAUCACCGCGCCUCGAUCGCGGGCAUGCCAACGAGGGACUUCUCACCGGGCAGUCCAGACGAGAAGAAGAGUUUCGACGAGUUUCUGAACAGGGUGGACUCAUCACUGGCUGAUAUUAAGAAGCAUGUUGAGAAGACUAAGGAAAAUAGUGAAUUCGUGAAGGAGCUUGAAGAUGGAUUUGUGCGGCAUCGACCGACGGCGCGACUGCGACAGUCGGCGUCACUCGGCGCGUCCAGCUCGUACAAUGAGAUCAUCCCGCCACCUUUGCCGCCGCCGCCUUCCAUGCUGACGCAGGGCCGCCGCGUCGACACGUCGCUCAAGAGACUGGAGCGGACGCACGAGGACCUGUUCCAGUUGUAGCGGACGAGACAGCGCAGAUAUGCGCGUUUCCAAUGAGCCCGCGUCACGCCGUCCCCGUGGCGUCACGUGACGUCAUCGUUGAGCGUCACGAACUAGCUCGGUGAGUUGCACGUGUCAACGUCGAGUGAUAUUAGAUAUAAUAUAACGAUGAAUAAUAUCAAAUGUAUGAUCUGCUUACAUAAUAAACAUUGUGUGAAAAGUUACGGACUAUUGCAAUGUGUCGUUACAUGAUCAUACUUUUAAAGGCACGUUCACAUUAGGUACUACAGCUAUGUAACUUAUACGUUUUAUUGUUAUAUUGUAAAUCUAUGCAGGAACCAAAUGGAUUUCAGUUAUUUUACAAUGAAGUUUACAAACAUCAACUUUCUGUAAAUUUAUUAAUUUUAUUAUGUUUUAUAUCAUUUUUUAAUAAUCAAUGCCGGUUGCGUGGUUUACACUUGUCGGAAAUCAUAACAUUAUUUCUAUUGUAUUGAAUUAUUGAAACGAUUUCAAUGUAGGUCUGAUUCAUGUAUUGUUAGAUAAUACAAAAUACCUACAGUACGAUUAUCUAUGGGCACUGAAUAAAAGUGGACAUAAUGCAUAAACAACGCACUACGGAUUAGAAUUAAAACAUAUUACAAUAUUUUAAAUUAAGGCCCACUACAAAGACGUAGAAGAAACAACGAAAUCGAACUGGCACAUCUACCACCUCUUAAUAAUCAAUACAAGUUUAAAUUGACUAUUUAUUUAUAAAUAUAUUAUAUUUAGUGAAUAGUGUUUAUAAACACUCAAUUGAACGCAUUAAACAAAACUCUAAAGAUAAUAACUUAUUUUUUAAACAGUAUGGCAUUUCUAAAAGGGUAAAAUUAGCGUACUUACUAUUAGCAUUGACAUGUUAUACUACAAUCAGAUUCAGUUGAAAAUUACCCUUAGUAAUUAUUGUAUAAUUAUAAUUUGAAGUAUAUACGUUGUGUCCGUGUAACUAUACAUUCAAUUUAAAAGAUUUUGUAUAGUCAUAUUUCCAUAUCAAGCAACCAAUACCAAGCGUAUGUGCAAUUGAAAACUACUUUUGUUCAAACACUAUAGCAACAAACAUACAUUGAAUAAAAUUUAAAUGGUACAUUUUACCUUCCAUGUGAUUCUUAUCAAGAUACUCGUAAAAAGUAUACAUAUAUUAUGUAUAGAAACUUAUUAACCUUAAUAGAAAAGAAAUAAAGUACUGACUUAGAUAACUAAUAUAGGCAAACCCGCUUCCAAAUAUGGCUUGGUAGCUAGCACUGGAUUGUGUUAAGUGUUGUAAUUAUCAACGCGAUGUAAAAUUAAACACGUAAUAUACGUCGCAGUCGUUUUUAUAUUGUUAGUGUGCAAGUUAAUAUGACAGCUAAUCCCUGUUUACUCUUUAUUCUGUAACUAAAGUUUCUAUUAAAGUAAAAACUUAACGAAAAUAUCAUGACCUGUCAUCAGAGCCGUGGGGGCCAUUUUCCGGAUAUUUUAUUCCAUACAUAAUCGGAAUAUGUCUUUAUAAUGCAAUAUAAAUAUCACAACUAAUUUAAAAAAUACGUGUUUUGAUUUUCAAACGAAAAAGUGCACUCUUAUUGAGACACCGUCUACUUUCUAAAUAUUUUUAUAUCGAUUCUCUUUUCCUUUUGUUUAAAUUAUAUACAAAAUUGCAGGCAUUUUGAGUGCCUAAAACACUGUUUACCCUUAUUAAUCUACCACACAUAAAAUAGGUAUUUACUGCGAAACUACAAAAAAAUAUAAUUAACUUGUAUCGAGUGUCGUACAUAUAGGAAUAAUAACUCAAUACUGAGUUGCAGCCUAUUUUAUUUAUCUCUGUAUCAAUUGGUAUAUUAGGGUGGUAUUCCACCUGGCCAAUUUCUUGGUCCAAUGUGUAUUAGCGUCUCACAUUUUGCUUAAUGAGGGAGUGAGACGCAACGUACUUACAUUGCACCAAGAAAUUGGUCAGAUGGAAACCCUUAGAUGGGUAGGUAUAAGUAUGUUAAACACGUUGUAUGCAAUAAGGCACUAAUUUUGGUAUGAUUUAAAUUAGAUGUCUUAGUCAAAGUAAUUGUACGUAUGAAUGUUUGUAUAUAUGAUGUUGUGGCUAUAUAUAUGUUCAUAAAUAAUGUACAGUUUUGUUAACUAUGUAAUAUAAUAUUAUUUUAUUUUCUUGCCUGCAUAUCACUAUUUAUUAACCCUUUAAAUUGCUAAAUGUACUCAUAUAAACAUACUUGCAUGCCCUCAUUAUCUAGUUCAUAACAUUUUUUUAAAUUGUAAAUAGCAUAAUUUGUUACAACAGACGUGGCAGUGGCGAAGUGUAUUUGUCGAUUCACAAGAGCUGGCACGAAUGAAUGGAUGAAUGAAUGAAUCAAUGAAAAUAUCUAUGUGUGUAUAUACCAAUAAAAUGGUGGCUACAGGUGACCGAUACAAGUGUCACUCAUACAAUGAAAUUUUCGUUCAUUUCAUUCGUGCCAGAUAGUUACGAUUAAAAAUAUCCGUGCUCAAAUGUGGCCUAACGGGCUACGCUAUGACCUUGCGCGCCUAUAUUUCGUCCUUUAUAAAUAUCUAAUGAGCAUAUGAGCGCUAAGACAGAUAACUAGAAAAGCGAUAUGUUAAUCUUUUAUUUAUGAAAAUAUAUUAACACUUCGCCAUUACGCCUCUAAUAGUACCUACGUGAGAUGAUAGAAUGUCCUUUUUACUGUUUACCGUUUCGUGUGUUCUAUCCGUCAAUCAAUAUGAUAUCUAGAAAGUAAGUGUAGAAUCUUACUUAAACAAUUGACAAUAUGAACUCCGAUUUUAAUCAAAAGCUUAAAAAUAUACAUAUGAAAAGGCGAGGAUAACAUUUGUUGACAAAGCUAUUCCCGCCAAAGAUGAUAUAUAUUUCCCUAGUUAGCUAAAUCAGGGCAGCAAAAUAACCUAUGAUCGUACCUAGUACAUAUAUAUUAAACUGUUAUACCUUAAAGUUAUUGUCACAAGCUACAAACACCUCUAGUAUUAAAAUAAUCGAAACUAUCGAAAGGCAAUGUUUUAAAAGUUUUAAAUUCUUGUCUUUGUAAUAUAUUACGUGUACCAAGGAUUUGAUUGGUUUUGCAUCCUAUAGCUAGUAGGUAUUCGUAGAAUUAUAAGUAUUAUAACUGAGAUUGAGCUUGCACUUUGCCUCUCACUGAGUUCAAAACAUAUAAUCCGAAACCGUAACUACACUAUUUUGCGCAUACUGGCUAAAGGGAUUAAAGAUAAUAAAUUAUGUUAUUUCCAUGUCUCUCUUUUGUGCACCGAACCCAACUUUUGCUAACCGAAUCGAACUUUUGUGAACCGAACCGAACUUUUGUUAACCGAACCGAACUUUUGUGAACCGACCAACUUUUGUUAACCGAACCGAACUUUUGUGAACAAUUAUCAUAUAAAAAUCGCCAAAAUUACGCACAUAGGCAAUAUUUACGCUCUUUUCGUUAAAAUCACUCGCGCUUUUUGAACAUUGUGUGUUCCGAUGUGUGUGCAAGUCUUAAAAUUUCAGUGCCUUGUGAUAGUAAUAACUUCCAGCUUAUAAAAAAUGCAUGCAUUAUGCGUUUAGCAGCUAAUUAGACAUAAUUUAUAAACGAAAUAUAGUUUAAUAAAGUACAGAUGUAGUGCAUAAUAGUUUUCCAUUGUAUUUUCUCGUAAACGUCCGUAUUUGUCAUGCUAGUUCGGUGAAUGUCAGUACUUUUUGUACCAAGCAAGACUGACUCAAAUAGCAAGACACGUUGGACACAAUGGAAAAUAAUUACACACUACAUCUGUAUAUUAUGGUCUACGAAUUAGCUCUCAAUUAAUUGGUAUUGUUUGUAUAAGAUCAAAUACAUCUGUAAAUGCCGAGCGUAAUGAUUACCCGUAAUUAUUGUUGUACCAAUCCUCGUAUUUGGUCUCUUUGGUGUUAGAUAGAUAGAUAAAAUCUUUAUUCAACCACAACUUACAUGCUUUGUGACACAAACAAAUAACAAGAGAAACAGAAAAUUGACAAGAGACAAAGAAAAAGUAACAUACAAUUUGACACUAAUAUCAAUAACAAUGUAUUACGUGUCUUAUUUUUAGAUUCGUAGACAUAUUAGUAGAGGGACAUGUGUUGUGGUACAGCAUAAAUGCUGCGGAGACCACAGCGCUGAUCUUCCGUCAGAACCUUAAAACCUACACUAAUAAACGACAACCUAAUUUCGUGUUAGCUUCUUCACUGCCCAUGCCUUGUAAAUGUCCGGGAAAUCAUUGUCCCGUAUUGAAUGACAUAAAUACUAAUACAACUACCUAUGUGUUCUCAGAGAUUAACUACGAAAAGGAAUGAAAUUAGGUUGUGUUUUAAUUUGUGAACUUCGGUUGUGUUCGUUGCGAAUUUCCUACUUUUCACACUUGUCUCGUAAUGUACUAUUUUUGGAACUUUGGCUCGACUUUAUUUUUGAACUCGACUGUACCAUUUCAGUUACUUUAGGCAAAUAUUCAUUGAUUGUAAAUAUAAGGUGUGUAAAGUCUAAGACAAUUCGGGCUUCAAAUUUGACGGCUAAUGCAGAUGUCACUGUACAAUAAACGGUACCUUUGGCUGCAAAUAUAUAUAGCGCCGUCUAGUUCGGCGGCAUGAGUUUUUCUUAAACUUUAUACCUCUUUAUAUCAAUAACUCUGUGGUAAUACCUUAGUUUCGUACACAGGUACUACGCGCACACUAGCGUCUUUUGAGCGUCGGCGUCUAGUGAACGCUAUGUAAAAUGGCGUCGUUGCGCAGUUGCGCCAACGUUGCGUCUAGAAGCAGUCAUAGAGUUAACUAGACACCGACGCUCGGGAGUCUGUGGGGUGGGGAGGGCCCUAAUUGUCGAAAUUGUCAGUGUCAUUAUGGGUCUUGGAUUAUUUUGCGAAUUGGUAGUUAGGAACAGUUACGUAAAUUCUUAUCCAACUGAUACUGUCACACACUAAGGCCACGUGUGUAUCGUGUUGUGUGUACCUAUUGUCAAGUCGCUAAAAUAAUUCAAAUAUUAAGUAUUAUUUGUGUAAUAUUUCGAAAUGACAUCAAAUGAUCUUAAUAACAAAUAGUCAUGUUUAUAUUCCUACUUGUAUAAAAUUAGUGUCCAAGUAAGUUAUUCACAAAAUUAUGUUAAUGCACAAUCGGAAGUAUAAUAUUGUUAAAUUAAUAAGAAAAUGUAAAAAAUCGAUGUAUUUAUUGACGAACAAUGUUAUUAGUUUUAUUUGCCUGGUAAUUUAAUUUAGCUAUUGUUUAUAAAUUGUAUCUGCUUACGUUAAUUUAUGCUAGUUGAGCUUUAAAUAAAACAUAUUUUAUUACACGUU